UAUCCCAGAGUUCCGCGGGCCCACGGCCCUUCCGCCGCCGGAGCAUCGAGCAGCAGCAGCCGCCUGCAGCCAUGGCUCUGCGCUACCCCAUGGCCGUGGGCCUCAACAAGGGCCACAAGGUGACGAAGAACGUGAGCAAGCCGAGGCACAGCCGCCGCCGCGGGCGCCUCACCAAGCACACCAAGUUCGUGCGGGACAUGAUCCGGGAGGUGUGCGGCUUCGCCCCGUACGAGCGGCGGGCCAUGGAGCUGCUCAAGGUGUCCAAGGACAAGCGCGCCCUCAAGUUCAUCAAGAAGCGGGUCGGGACGCACAUCCGCGCCAAGAGGAAGAGAGAGGAGCUGAGCAACGUGCUGGCGGCCAUGCGGAAAGCGGCCGCCAAGAAGGACUGACCCCCCUCCCGUAACAAUAAAGCCUUCUCGGAACCUC